GUCAUAUAAUAUUAUUUUUAUUUGAUUAAAUCUCUGAAAAAUAAGUAGUUUCAUGAACAGGAGUUUAUCUCCUAGUAUAUGGUUUUUUUUUACUUUUUUAAGUCACGGCCACCAAAAAUCGCCUCCAGGUGAUCUACUAUCAGCUAGCUACCUAGCCUGGUUCUAAUUACUUAUGUUAGCACCUUAAGCAGACAACAACACAUUUUCUAAUGAUCCAGUGUCGUGAACCAUUUUCUAAGUGAUGCUGGUCCAUAUAUUUUUAUGAGAUAACUAGCAAUAGUGGCACUACUUUUCAGUGAUGAGUAUUUAAUAUUCAAGUAGUGUCUUAUCUGUUGUUGAUUCAUCGCUUUCCUCAUCCAAAUGGCUUCCGCUACUACCUCACAUCCCCCAACUGAAGCUACAACAGGUACAAGCAGUGGAGGAAGUAGUGGAAAUGGUGGAGGGGGUAGUCCUACAAGUUCACCCUUGUUGUUUUUCGUGGCUCUUGGGUUUGGUGUCGUCUUCACCAAUUUAUGGAUUAUAGUAGGGGUUAAGUACUGUUUCCGGUACAACCAAAGGAAUCGGCAGCUGCGCAAUGAGGAAACAGGCGAACCUCUGGAUCUGAUAAAUAUACCGAGGACACACCGGAGGAAACGGGAGAAGAAACUGAUGACAAUGGACGAAGUUAACCAACGGUUUCCUCUUCUGAAGUAUAAGGCCUGGAGGGCGUUUCGUGCGAAUGAGGGCUUGUCAGUGACUGGUGGGGUUACAACAUCCAGCAAUAGGCACGAAAUUGAGCGGAACGGCGAAAUUGAACCCUCCGCGGAAAUCGCCGCGACUUCACCUAUAACAUCAACCAAAGGUCAGCAAAGAAUAGAAUACCGUGAGAAUCAAUCGUCAAUUCUACUUGAAGACGGGACCACGGGCUGUUGCCAUGAAGACUCAACAGAAGAAAAGGAAAGGCAUACAAUAUCAACGCCUACUGCACUUGGACAGAAUUCCAUGGGAAACGGUGGCACUAGGGACAUAGAUGAUCUUGAUCGUAUGUCUCAGAAAUUGGGAAGCGAUGACGGGGAGGACCCAAUAAGUACUGCACUGCCAGCGGAGUUACUAUCCACUCCAGGCGACUCAUGCGCGAUAUGUCUUGAUCUGAUUGAGGACGAUGAUGAUGUACGUGGGCUUACUUGCGGUCACGCUUUUCACGCUUCGUGCGUCGAUCCUUGGCUGACAAGCCGGCGGGCCUGCUGUCCUUUGUGCAAAACUGAUUACUACAUUCCGAAGCCUCGCCCUGAUGGCACUGAACCUACCACUCUGGGUGGGGAAGGACUGAGUCGUGGUCCUCGGUCAAGAGCACUUGUUCAGCCGCAGGCCAUAUUCCUUGGGAAUCGGGGUAAUCCCUUCAGAAGCAGAUUCUUAACGUCUGAGCGACAGCAGGGACGGGAGAUUCGACCGGAAACUAAUGUUCAGUUUUCGCAACUGUCUACCGCACAUCCUUGGCCCGGUCAAAACACCUCAAAUGAUUUGAAUCUGGAUCUAGGAGGGCAAGGGGGAUUGCCACAACGCGGGGGCUGGCGCUCAAGGCUACAUUUCCCACGUAUGCAAGAGGUGAACCCUUUUUCAUACUUCUCGCGUCAAAGCCGGGACCAGACAAGAAAUAGACCUUCUAGGCAGGAUUCCUCGCUUGCCUCGACUGAUCAACGUAUCCAGUUGCAAGUUGAGGCGGGGUCCGUCGUCUAGUCUCGAGCUAGAAGAUUCCACGGGCCCAUUGGAUGUUGAAGGGUGUCUUUUCAACAGCGCGCAUUUUUACUGCUUAUUUCUGGUGCUUUAUGAUGCAUGGGAUGACUGGCAGGCUCCAGGAUUCAGCGUCUUGUUUUAUGAGGCGAUUAUUGGUAGCAUUAUAGUACCAUUUCUUGAGAAUCGAUUUUAUUCAGCUCUCUUUCAGGUUUGUUUCUUGAUUGUCAAUAGGUAGCCAUACUUAUCUAUAUCUUUAGGGUGUUCUUGGUGGACGAAAACGCCAAGUCGUGGAUUAUGGGACCGGCUU